AUGGCAACACAAACUCAAGGAAGUGCAGAAAAUCUGAACAAAGAUGUGGAUCAUCUAUUACCAAAUUUCAAAAAAGAGAAGAACCAACAGGAAAGAGGAAGUACCAGCAGAGGAAGAGUAAAAGCUAAUAGAGGUAGAGGAAGUGGUGGUAGGACAACAGCUCAACAAACAAGAAGUGUAGUGAAAGAAGUACCUACUGACAACAAAGAGAAUGAUCAAGAUGUACACAGAGAUAAGGAUGAUCUGCCAGAUAUCAAAUAUGGUAGUAAGAAGGAGGAGAGCACAUAUCAAGAGAGUGGUAGAAAUGGAGGUGAAUUUGAGAAUGGAGAAGAAAGCAAUGGUGGAGGUGAUGAAGAUGAGCAUACCAUUCCAUUAGGUAAGCUUUAA